CUACAUUCUGAAAAUUGUUCAUAUUAUUGUAGGCACACCCCCUUGCAAAUUGUUCAUAUUAUUUGCAAUUUCAUGAGAAUAUGGUCAAUUUAUUCGCUGUACCGAUACUUGUCUCACGCAGGCGCUUCUGCUGUUCUAUUUCUCUUCACUUGUCUGGUCCCAUCAUCCAUCCUAUUUCUUGUUUUACAAAAGCCUUGGAAGGGUAGACCGCUCUCAAAUACACAGGUAGUACCAUCUAUAAUAAAUGGUGGCAUAAUAGCUUUAUACUUCGUUUUAUGGGGAAAAGGUCUUAAAUCUUUUGGACCUCUUAGAGCUAUACUAGCAGAGUAUAAUGGUGCUGUCCUUGGAGUAUUGUCUGCACUACUAUAUGGGAGGAGAGGACAUGUUUGGAAAAAGAUUGGUGGGCUUAUUGCAAUAGUGACGUAUUUUGGCUUAUUGUAG